UAUGGUGUCACCAACGGACCUUUGAACUUUCGAUACGCCUCAGUUGAUAUCGUAUCCGGAAGUGAGACCUUAAACAGCAAUGGCGACCGCAGCUUUCCCUGAGAAAGUCAGCGACGACUCCACCCAGUGUACGAUCUGUUUCUACACCUUUAAGAACCCGAAGGUUCUUCCCUGCUUGCACACCUUCUGUGAGCACUGUCUGCGGGAAUGGGUCCAGAAGAACGAUGGCGACACCAUUCCGUGUCCUAUUUGUCGUCAGCCAGUUUCCUUGCCCCAAAAUGGCGUCGAGGGUCUAAAGGACAACUUCUUUAUCGCUAGCCUGGUGAAAGCCGUGACGGAGCACAACAAGGUUCGCCACGGUAAAGAUGAACUCCUCUGCACCAGUUGUGAGGAAGGGAAGCCAGCCACGUCCAGGUGUUCGGAGUGUGCUGAGUUUCUGUGUGAGAGUUGUGAGUCGGCACAUCGUCUUGUAAGAGCUACCAGGGGUCACACGCUUUUCACCUUUGAGGAACUGAAAACAGGAAAAUACGACAAUGUCGUCAGGGCUAGGAAAGCUCCACCGUGCUCUAAACAUCCGGGAGAGAUCUUGAAGCUCUACUGUAGGACCUGUGAGACCCCAAUAUGCAACGAAUGUGCCUUGUUUGAACACAGGGACUCGCAACAUGACUACACGCGCAUAGAAGAGGUGGCUGCCGAGAAGAGAGAUACAAUCUUAGACCUCACACCACAAUGCCAGGCCCGAAUGCAGUUCUUUCGUCAGACGGAGGAAGCACAGAAACGCUUGAGGGAGCAACUUCAGCUGAAUGUAGAGGGGGCUCGUCAGAACGUCCAUAGAACCGUACAAACACUAACUGCGCUUGUCAAGGAAGAGGGCGAACGGCUUUUAACCUGUAUUCAUACAGAGGAAUCAUCCAGGAAGAAACAGAUUGAAGCAGAGAUAGAGGGAGCACAGAUCAGUCUGGCAAGCGCCAAGAGCACGUGUGAGUUUGCAAAGACUCUAGCUCGGGAGGGAGGCGACUACGAAGUUGCAUCUUUCUCACAAGAUAUGGCAGCGAGAUUGAACGAGUUGACUAAACCACCAAUGGAAAAAGUGAACUUUAAGCUGGCAAACAUCACGAUUGAUUACUCUGUCAUGGUGCAAAAGUUGACUAAAAACAGACCAAAAACUGCCCACUACAGCCUGCCAAAGUCGACGGAGAGGGAACUGUGUUCUCUGCUGAAACGUGCGCGGCAAAGCGGGGUCAGCUCAAGUACAGGUCCUCCUCUGGGAAGAUAUGGGGACAGAGUGUUGGUAAAUGGAGGCGGAUUGAGGCCAGGUGAUUAG